AUGUCUCAAAAUCAGCCAUACGAUGAUGACAAGCAGAUGGACGGCUUGCAUGAAGAGAGGUUACUAUUACAACCGCAAAAUUGGAAACGCUUGCCGUUCAAGGAAGGAACCCCAAGAAGAAGCCUUGCAUUACAUGCUCUCACAUUCCUGCUUGCGAUAGCAAUCACGACCCUUCUCGGCUUCCUCAUCCGACCGUUCCCUCCACAAACGCCACGCAUGAAAACCCUCCACUGCGGUACAAAUUCCACUACUGCCCGAGAGUUGAACUGCACUUACGACGUUCUUUCCAAUAUCUGGGUACCGAAUCCAUGCCUCGAUAAGAAGAACCUCGACGACUUUAAGCGUCUUGCCAAAUGGCAAGCGUACGAGACACGCGAAGCUAAGCGCCUCCUUACUGAAGAUGAGAUGGGAGACGUGGUUGCACCCAAUACUUACUUUACGGAGAUUCGAGAGCACAUGGUGCACUGCGCGCUCAUGUGGCGGCGGCUGCAUCGAGGCUAUCAGGAAGAUCAGAAGUACCUCGACCUCCACGUAAGGGCAUUGACGCAUACAAAGCACUGCUCGCAGCUUAUGAUUGAUUAUCUGGAGAAGCCAAGAUCGGUCAUGGACCUCACUGUGUCGCAAACGUCACCAGGUUUUUCGAUUUGUCACCUUCCGGCUUGA